UGAUAUGAUGGAAAUAUGGGGUGAUGCGUUUGUCUUGUCCUAAUCAAUAGCUUCGCAGGUACUCUGCCUCCCACACACACACACACACACACACACACACACACACACACACACACACACACACACACACACACACACACACACACACACACACACACACACGCACACACACACACACGCACAUACACACACGAGUGCGCGCGCGUGCGUUCUGUGCCACAGCGCUGGAUCAGGCGCCAUAACCCUCCGGACAGUGCCUGCGGUGCCACGUUAUACCCACGCAGCAUUUUUUCUGGAGACGUGGAUGGCGUACGGUGGAUGGUGGAACAUCGCCUGCGUGGACGCGCAGCAUCACCGCACUGGCAUCACCCUCCUCCUCCUUAAGAGCAAGAGCUUUGUCCGCUCAUGAUGAUCGACUCAGUAUAGGCUACAUAUGUAUGAUGACCAAAGGGUAUUAUCUGCUGUCUAUUUUGCCAAAUCAAAAGGUCAAACGUUUUACCUCCUAGUCUUGCUGAGGGGGGAUAAACGGCAGGAGGCGGGAUUGUAGUGCCGUCACCCAAGCGCUUUUGGAUAGCUUUACUAUUGGUCGGAACCAAUCCCGUUGCGCUCCGCUCUGCUCACUUCCACACUGAAAUCGUGGCAGACGUUUUUUUAGUUUUGGGGUUGAGUUUGUUUGUUUAUUUCUUUAUUUCUUUUCAAAAGCAUCACAUAGAAUUCGCACUUACGGAGCCUGGCAGAGAGAACAAUAUUAUCUUGGCACCGUGGACCGACAAAUGAUGGUGUGAUCCCACCAUUGUGCGCAGACAGCAGAAGGCCACUCACUCCAUGACAGUAGUCUCGACUCACCGUCUUUGCGCGUCAGCUUGCUUUAUCCUUUAAGGAAUUAUUAAAAAGUGCUGCUUGAAAAGGAAGAAAGAGGAGAAGAAGAUAUUUCGGUCCCGUCCGCCGCCCCCCACUCCCCCCACAAACACACACACACACACACACACACACACACACACACACACACACACACACACACACACACACACACACACGCCACCACCACCACCACCACCACCGGGGCAUUAACACUGGAACUGGUCGCAGGGUUUACCGGAAUGGCUCGCUGGGGAUUUUAUGGGAUUUUGAUGGGGCUACUGAAGCUCGGCUCUUCUUGUCCUACAUCUUGUUCUUGUAACACCUCGAGGAUCGCGUGUGUGUCUCAGGAACCAGGAAUCGAGGAUUUUCCUAUCUUGGUGCCAGAGACCGACAUGGAAAACAUCACCGACAUAUAUAUCGCCAAUCAGAAUGGACUAUAUAUACUGAACGAGGACUACAUGAAGUUUUACACAAAUCUCAGGAAUUUAACAAUAAUCAACACUCAGCUGAUGUCUGUAUCUACAACAGCCUUUGUCUACAAUUCCAAACUCCAGUAUUUGGAUCUACGAGACAACAGACUGUCAACACUGUCAUGGACAGCAUUACGUAAUGCCAACAUGUCAACUCUGCUGCUGGCUGGGAAUCCGCUUCGGUGUACAUGUGAGAACAUUUGGAUCAAGUCGUGGUUGGAUUUAAGUGAGCGAGAUCAACUCCGGUGUCGGCAGGAAGGCGGAAUUCUGAGGACCCUCUUCAAUAUCACUGUCCCUUCAUGUGAAUUUCCACAGAUAGAGGUUGUCCCUAUUGUUGUUAAUCAGAUGGCAGGAAGUGAUGCAACAGUGACAUGUAGUGCUUCCGGGUCUCCUGCUCCUGUCCUAUACUGGAAUUUGAACACCAGCGAACUUACAACCAUCCAUGAGGUGUACACAAUUGACCUGCAUUCCAUGUUGACACUGAGGAACUUCUCCCACAGCGACAAUGGCCGAGAGAUCACUUGCAGCGCUGAGAAUAUUGUGGGUCAGUCUGAGGCUUCGGUCAUCCUCAACAUCCUCUUUCCCCCGAUUAUCCUGGAACUGGAAAAGCCCAUGCGCAACCAGGAUUGGUGCAUCCCAUUCAGUGUGACGGGGAACCCCAAACCUGAGCUGACAUGGUACCACCAGGGCCAACCUCUGGAAGAGCAGGACUACAUCAAGACUCAGAUCCACGUGUCAACAGAGAGCGAGUACCAUGGCUGCCUGCAGCUUGACAUCCCGACACACAUCCACAAUGGUGUCUACACUCUUGUGGCCAAAAACGAGUACGGCGAGGAUCAGAGGAACGUCACCGCUCACUUCAUGUACAUCCCUGAAGUGGAUCACUCGGGGGCAGAGUUCUACUACGACACAACUGACAUUCCAGAAAUCCCAGGAAUUCAAGAAGGCAAAGUGGCUGUUUAUGCCGUGGUGGCGAUCGCCGGGGUCGCGCUCACUGGGUGCUUUCUGAUGCUGAUCUUUCUGAAGUAUGGUCGAAGCUCAAAGUUUGGCCUGAAGGGGUCCUCCUCGGUAAUCAGUAAUGACGACGACUCAGCCAGCCCACUCCACCAUGUCUCCAAUGGCAACAACACACCGUCGUCCUCUGAGAUGGGCCCAGACGCUGUCAUCAUCGGCAUGACCAAGAUCCCGGUCAUCGAAAACCCGCAGUACUUCCGCAAUCCUGGCAGUGUGCUGAAAUCAGACACUUUUGUGCAACACAUCAAACGGCACAACAUAGUCCUGAGAAGAGAACUAGGAGAGGGGGCUUUCGGGAAAGUCUUCUUAGCCGAGUGUUACAACUUGUCACCGGACCAGGAGAAGAUUUUGGUAGCUGUCAAGACCCUAAAAGAAGCGAGUGAAAGUGGACGAGCAGACUUCCACCGAGAGGCAGAGCUUCUGACCAACCUACAGCACGAUCACAUAGUCAAGUUUUACGGUGUGUGUGUGGAAAGCGAUCCUCUCAUCAUGGUGUUCGAGUACAUGAAGCACGGAGAUCUCAACAAGUUCCUCAGGGCUCAUGGUCCUGACGCUAUUUUAAUGGCGGACGGGCAGCAGAGCUUACUGGUGGAGCUAACUCAGUCACAGAUGCUGCACAUCGCUCAGCAGAUCGCAGCCGGCAUGGUGUAUCUGGCCUCACAGCAUUUCGUUCAUAGAGAUCUGGCCACACGCAACUGCCUGGUUGGAGAGAAUCUGCUCGUGAAGAUAGGAGACUUCGGCAUGUCCAGAGAUGUGUACAGCACAGAUUACUACAGGGUGGGCGGGCACACCAUGCUGCCCAUCCGCUGGAUGCCUCCUGAGAGCAUCAUGUACCGGAGGUUCACCACAGAGAGUGACGUGUGGAGUUUGGGCGUGGUCCUGUGGGAGAUCUUCACCUACGGCAAGCAGCCCUGGUACCAGCUCUCCAAUAACGAGGUGAUCGAGUGUAUCACACAGGGCCGGGUUCUGCAGCGGCCUCGCACCUGCCCCAAAGAGGUGUACGACCUGAUGCUGGGAUGCUGGCAGCGUGAACCGUACAUGAGACUCAGCAUUAAAGAGAUUCACAAUCUGCUCCAGAGCCUGGCCAAGGCCUCGCCUGUUUAUCUGGACAUCCUGGGCUGAAUGUGUGUGUGUGUGUGUGUGUGUGUGUGUGUGUGUGUGUGUGUGUGUGUGU